UGUCUCUCGUUUUGCAGGAAUGCGUAGGCUGAAGACUUGACGCGUAUUUCGCCGUUUUAAAUCCUAUUUAUGUUUUUCAUGCGAGAUUUAAAUGGAGGAAGAACUGCGGUGCCCGGCGUGUAAACAGCUUUUCGCUAAUCCCGUGCUGUUGCCCUGCUGGCAUGCCGUCUGUCUCAACUGUGCGGCGAACUUGCAGCGCGUCGGCGACUUGCCCGCGCCUCACACUUCCACGACACUCGUGUCAUCAUCAGCCGCCGUCGUCGCCGGGGACUCUGGCUCUUCCAGCUCAGAAUGCGACAGCGUGUCGCUGUGCUCGGAAAACGACAGCGGCGUCUGGAGCUUUGGCCGCUCCGUCUCGUCGUCGACAUCAUCAUCGACCUCGUCGUCGACAUCAACGUCAACGUCGACCAACAGCCCGGCCAUUGGUCUCUCGUGUCCCGCGUGUCGGAAGCCGGUGUUCUUUGACCGACUCGGCGCUCAAAACCUGCCCAAGUACCGCGUCAUGCAGCGAGUGGUGGAGCGGUUUGAAGAGUCGCGCGGACUGAGUGCCAAGUGUCAAAUGUGCGAGGACUCGGCGAGGGACGCCGUCGUGAUGUGCGACACGUGCGAGGUGUUUUAUUGCGGCGAGUGUUGUGGACGGUGUCAUCCGGCGAGAGGCCCGUUGGCCCAGCACGUGUUGGUGGAGGCCAAGGAGGGGCGUGGUAGGAUUCGGGCCAGGGCCCGUGGGGUGGCAGCGGCGUGUACGGAGCAUCCCGGGGACGCCCUCACGCACUAUUGCAUGGUGUGUCAGGUGCCGUUGUGUGCGUUUUGUUUGCAGAGCGGGUUGCAUGCGAGGCACGACGUGCAGCUCUUGGCUGGAAUGUGCAAAGCUCAAAAGACGGAACUGUCCACUUGUUUGCAGCAGUUGUCUGAGAGGGCAAAAACUGCGACGGAAAUGAUACAAGCGUUGAAAAUGAAUGCCGAGAAUAUUUUGGAUCGCGGCGAUGAUUUCGAAGCAGCUGUAAGGUCUCAAAUUGAUUUGCUCGUCGAAGCUUUGUAUAGAAGGAGGGAUGAACUUAUUGAAUACGUUCAUCAAGAAAAACUCUCAAAGGUUCAGCAACUGAAACAAAGUGCAGCCAAGUCGACUGCCAAGUUGCAGCAGACCACGGGUUUGAUUCAGUUUUCUAUUGAAGCUCUGAAAGAAACUGAUCCUACAGCAUUCCUACAGGUGGGGAACAUGUUGGCGCAUCGUGUUUCAACUGUUGAAAUGAAUUGGGUGAAGGACACCUGCGAAAACGGGAAACUUACGACUCUAGUCAAUUCUGCUGGCCUGGACCUUGAUCUGUCCCUGGAUAGCGGUCCACUUAUCAAAGCUAUUCAGCUCCUCAACUUUGUGCAACUGAAACCCCCGGGAAAGCCCAAAUUUGCUAUUGAAGACUGUGUUGGAGAGAACAAUUGCAUCACUGUGGCCUGGACGCCCAUGUCACUUGUCAAAGGAUAUAUUUUGGAAGUGGACGACGGAAACAGUGGUCCAUUCAGAGAAGUGUACUGCGGGGAAGACACAGUUUGCACUGUGGAUGGCUUGCAUUUUUGCUCAGUUUAUAUUGCGAGGCUGAAAGCCUUUAACGCCUCUGGAGAAGGACCGUAUUCUGAUCCAAUUUGUCUGCAAACAGCUGAAGUGGCUUCCUUCUCGAUGGAUGCGACGAAUGCUCAUCCGGACAUUCAUCUGAGCCCAGACCUGAACACUGCAAGCUGCGGCAGUUUUGAGCACAGAGUCGUUCUCGGUUCACUCGGCUUUUCGAGAGGCGUACAUUUCUGGGAAUUCACUGUCGAUAAAUACGACGGGAAUGCGGAUGUUGCGUUUGGAAUUGCACAUGCCGGCGUCGCGAAAGACGCCAUGUUGGGGAGAGAUGAACUCGGCUGGAGCAUGUACGUAGAUGGGAAGCGAUCAUGGUUCGUUCACUCCGACAAGCAUGCUCAACGUGUAGACGGAGGAAUCGAACAAUCCUGCACCGUGGGAGUCUUGUUGGACUUGAUCCAAGGACAUCUGAGUUUCUAUAUCAACGAGGAACCCCAGGGAGGAGUGGCGUUUGAGAAUCUGCAAGGAGUCUUUUAUCCCGCUGUGAGCAUCAAUCGAAAUGCAGUCGUCACGAUCCAUACUGCGUUGGAUCCGCCUUCCAGUCACAGCAGUGACUCUGAAGGACAAUAGUGACGAUGCUCCAGACCAGUGGAUAGUUCUCAGAUCCCCUUGGUAACCUGCCCAAACAUAUCCAUUCAACAUUUUCACUGGACGGAUUCCAUGAUUUUUGCGGGGAAUGGAAUCAAUUGAUGAAUCUCAUCUUUAAAAAUGUCUAGUUCUUGUUUGACUUAGUUGGAUAGAAAAAGAACAAACCGUGGAUAAGCUUUGCCAAAUCGAGAUCACGUGACAAAAGCUCCUGGGUUGAUUGACGAUGGAAAAUUUCCCAUGAAUCGAAUGAAAUGACGCAUUUCCUACUGUGCACAGAAACGACGCCUUCCUGUUUCCGCGUAUGUUUAUUUGAAAGCAUCGAUCGUCUCAGGAAACUCGUGUGGUUCCGGGAAAAGCUUUCUUGUCUCCGUCUUCAUUGCCUUAGGGGUAAUUUUUCCACCCCAUAUUUUCAGCUCAAUGGACACGUUCCUCCUCACCUUGCUUUCUGCGAUGAGAGACAUUGAGAUUUUUCUACAGAAUCGAGUUUUUCAACUGCUUCCUUGAGAAAUUUUGAUACUCGGAUUUAUCGGAAUACCAAAAAAAAAAUGAUCUGUGGGUCAAGCGGAAUGUAGGAUAUCGGAACAAGUAGUAUUCAAGGCAUUAUAAAGCAUUUUUUUUGCUUUUGGAACGAUUCCCAAUUGUAAAAUGGAUCCUCGUAAUACUCCGAAGGACAUUUUUUUUUUAGCGCGAGUAUUUUUUUUUCUCCGAAUCGUGCAAAAGUUGUAAAUAUGCUUGGGAUCAGUGAUUUUGUUUUUUUAGUUGCUCCGACCGAAUAGGUUUCGUUCACGGUUUUUCGGUGACGUGGCUGUAUUAUGACCCGACUUGCGUUCAAUGCAUUUCUUCGGCAGCUUUUAGACUCUUCGAUGAUUUUGCUGAUUUAUUUGCGUAUGCGAAUUUGAGUUGGAGAAAGAACAUUCAUAUCUGGGACGCUGAUGUUUAUUAUGUGUCUCCCGGAAUUCAAAGGCGUUCAGAAUUUUUCGAUUCUAUAAAAUGUUAACUGGUCUGUAAUCUACAUUGUGGAUGUGCCCACUUCGUUAAUUGCAGUGAAGAUUUUUUUUUUAGUGCGGUUAGAUGUCGCACUCAAUCACAGUUCAAUUUUAUUUCUGCAACGAGCCAUACCAAAUUCUAUCUGCUGAUGGGUUUAACUUUCGCAUUCCUGAUUAUUGCCUUUUAUCGGGUUCUCAGUUGGUUUGUUUUAUCGAUUUUUUUUUAUUAUUAUCUUACAGGCUGAAAUUUAUCGUGUCAAUUCUUGAUGUACAGUGCUCGGUCCAAAUUUUGAUAAAUUUCCCGUGAAAUUUUGGGCAAAGUGAAGAUAAUUUCUUAAACUAUAUAAAAGUAUCAAGGCCAUAUCGUUUGUAUGGGAUUCACAAAUAUGCCGUCUUAUGAAAGAAGAACGUCUCAAUAUCGGUAGGCUUUUUUGUUGUUGCCCAGAACUCUCUACAUCAUUGAUUUCGUCCCAAAUCAAGGAAGAUUUUGAACGCCUUGAUGACAGUCUAGUUACAUACGGAU